CCCCCCCCCCCCUAGAUUUCUCUAUCCUGCGCUGUUUCCUUCAGAGAGAAUCGGGGAGCAUGGCAAGCCUAAGAGUCUCCUACUUGCUCUUGCUUCUCUCAAUUUUAGCCUUUGCAGAUGGAGGUUCAAUUGGAAUAAACUAUGGCCGAGUUGCUAACAACCUGCCACCUCCAUCGAAAGUGGUGGAGCUUCUGAAAUCACAGGGAUUCGACCGAGUUAAGCUCUACGACACCGACUCGGAAGUCCUCACUGCGCUAGCCAACUCGGGUAUAAGUGUCACCGUUGCACUCCCCAACGAGCUCCUCUCCUCCACCGCUGCGGACCAAUCGUUCGCUGACAAUUGGGUCAAAACCAACAUCUCUGAGUUCUAUCCUGCUACCAAAAUCGAAGCCAUUUGCGUCGGAAAUGAGGUAUUCGUUGACCCCAAUAACACGACCAAGUUUCUCAUACCCGCCAUGAAAAACAUCCAUGCCUCGCUUGCCAAGUACAGCCUUGAUUCUGCUAUCAAAAUCUCGUCCCCAGUAGCUCUCAGCGCCCUUCAAUCUUCAUACCCACCCUCAUCCGGAUCUUUCAAGUCUGAAUUAGUUGAACCCGUCAUCAAGCCCAUGUUGGACCUUCUGCGUCAAACGGGGUCGUACUUCAUGGUCAACGUGUACCCAUUUUUCGCAUACACCGCAAACUCGAACGAUAUCUCCUUAGACUACACUUUGUUUAAGCAAAACCAGGGUGUGGUGGAUUCCGGUAACGGGUUACGUUACAACAGCCUGUUCGAUGCCCAAGUCGACGCCGUUUUCGCUGCCCUGUCCGCUCUCAAGUACGAUGACGUGAAGAUAGUAGUCACUGAGACUGGGUGGCCCUCACUGGGUGAUACGAACGAGAUUGGUGCAAGCCAAGACAAUGCGGCGUCGUAUAAUGGUAAUUUGGUACGCAGGGUCCUCACUGGCGGUGGGACCCCGCUUCGACCACAGGAUCAACUCGACGUUUUUCUCUUCGCCUUGUUCAACGAGAAUGAAAAAACGGGUCCCACAUCGGAGAGGAACUAUGGCCUAUUUUACCCCAGUGAGCAGAAGGUAUACGACAUACCCCUGACACAAGCGGAGCUCGACGGUAGCCAGUCAACUCCCGUCAACGGGAGCAAGAGCCAGCAGGUUCCAUCGACUGGCGAUGUAACGAAGACGUCUGUGGGCUCGGGUCAGACAUGGUGUGUGGCAAAUGGGAACGUUGGGGAGAAGAAGUUGAAGGCUGCGCUUGAUUACGCAUGCGGAGAGGGAGGGGCUGAUUGUCAACCGAUACAGCCAGACGCCACGUGUUACAAUCCUAAUACGCUAGUGGCCCACGCUUCGUACGCUUUUAAUAGUUUCUAUCAGAAGAAUACUCGUAGGGCAGGCUCCUGUGACUUUGGUGGUGCGGCUUAUGUGGUCACUCAACCACCAAGUUUUGGGACUUGCAACUUCCCUACAGGAUACUGAGCGCAUGACGAAGAGACUGUGGGAGUUGGUCAAUUAUAGCUGCGGGAAAAAUGAUAUUUACAAGUUUAGUAU